AUCACUGCACAUAAAUUGCAGGGCCAAACAUUAGAGAAAGUUAUUAUUGACCUUAGCUCGAAAUGGUGCCGAGGAGCUGAGAAACCAUAUGUAAUGGUAUCACAUGUGAGCUCCCUGCAAAGCCUAUUCAUCCUACGUCCAUUUAAUUACAACAAAAUUUGUUCUCACCCAUCACAAGACAUCUGA